AUGUGGGCGUGGCGCAGCGUCCUGUGCGUGUCUCUGGUCUGCGGUCUCGCUCUGGACUCCAACACCAUCAGAUCGUCCAAAGAGACGACGCAGCAGAGCGCCGAGCUGCCGGACGGUUCCCAUGGUGACCAGGCGGAGCGUCCUGUUCGGCGUCGCACGGAGACGACGUCCAACUCCAACCGAGGACAAACUCCUGCGUGUUCAACACCCGACUGCGACGUCCCUGCGACGGGGAGCUGUAGUAACAGAGCUCAGAGGAGACCGUCCUCACAGGACAGACAGUUGGACAGACCGAUAGACAGAGAGACAGACAGACAGAUCAACACAGACGGCUUCAACAGGACGAAAGCUCCAGAGAUGGCGAGCUGCGUGCGCUCCGGUGACUGCGCGCCCGGUCUGUGCUGCGUCCGGUACCUGACCGGUAAACGCUGCCAGAGGAUCCCGGUGGAGGGCGAGGCCUGUCUGCUGCGCGGUUCCGGUAAGCAGCGCAGGAAACUGGGCCGCUGCGACUGCGACGCCGGCCUGUCCUGCACCGCCGAGGCCGGCGGGGCCAAGGGCCAGGGCACGUGUCGGCCCCGGCGGGGCCAGAGCCCGAGGGAAACACGGCAUUCUGGGAAGAAGAGGAGGACGGCGGAGACGAGCUGCUGA